UUUUCUGGAAAAGAAGGAGAAGAAAGAAAGACAACAGCACCCGAAAAACAACACCCUCACACAACGAAGCCUCCCAUUUCAGGGCAGCCAGCAAGACUCGUUUCAGCAGAUCUGACUAGGGUUUUUGGGGGGUUUUCAGACAUUGCAUGCAUAUGGGAAUUAAAUGUGAUUGCAAUAGCACAGUGGUUGUCUUGGACCCUUUAAAAAGCCCCCUCUAAUUUCUAAUGCUGAUGUUCCGCCAAAAGGAUUGAAGAAGCGAGGUAAGGCAGCAAAGAAACCUAGCACAUCAGAGGAUUUCUGGAUCACCAGCACGCAUGAUAUGGACAACAGUGCGGUUCACUCACAGGGAAGCAUUUCAUCAGCCAGUAUAACCAAUCAACCUGCAGAUUCUCAUGGUCCUUCAUUCAACCCUACUGAAUUUGUGAAUCAUGGUCUUAUCCUUUGGAAUCAGACCCGGCAAAGUUGGAUCGGAAAUAAAAGGUCUGAGAACAGAACCGAACAGUCACGAGAACCAAAAGUGAGUUGGAAUGCAACAUAUGAAAGUUUAUUGGGUGGCAACAAGCCUUUCCCCCAGCAUAUUCCUCUUGCGGAAAUGGUAGAUUUUCUUGUGGACAUCUGGGAACAAGAUGGUCUGUAUGACUAACCUAUACAAGACUGUAGGAGUGUAAGUUGGUUUGAUCAUUACAAUAAUUAUAGUUCUUUCUUCUGAAAGAAGAGGAAAAUUGGGCAUACUUGCAGUUUGUAACUUUGUAUAUCUGUUGUAACAUCAUCUUUCAGUUGACAAUGACAAAGAGUUUUAUUAUAAUUUU